GGCAAUUGAAGUAUUGAGAGCGCUGUAUAUGAGUGUUUUUCGGGCACUACUUUUAGCCCUUAUCAUAGGAAUUACUGUGUUUUCCCACUAAUGAGUACGGACGAGAAAGAAAUGUGCCCGCUUUGUAUGGAACCAAUGGAAGCAGACGACCUUGCCUUUUAUCCUUGUGACUGUCGGUACCAGGUUUGCCGGUUCUGUUGGGCUAAGAUUAUUAAUGAGGAAAAUGGACUAUGUCCGGCUUGUCGGAAGGAAUAUAAUUCAGAGAAACCAGCUUCCUACAAACCUAUCUCGGAAGCUGAAGAAUCUCGUUGCAGAUCAAGCAGGAGACGUAAAGACUACAUGAAAAAGACGAAACUGAACCCCGAGAUGCUGAAAAUCCUUCCGGAACUAAGGGUCGUGCAGCCAAACCUCAUCUUUGUAGUUGGAUUGCCCACAUGGAUUUCCAAGGACAAAGAAAUCUUAAAGGGCCAAGAUUACUUUGGUCGUUAUGGGAAAAUAUUCAAAGUUGAGGUUAACCAAAACCAAACGUUCGGUGGUCCACAGGGCCAGCCCAGUUUCAGUGCAUAUAUAACGUACUACCGAGCUGAAGAUGCUAUGCGCUCAAUAAGAGAUCUUAAUCAGAGUACUCUGCAUGGAAGGCCAAUUCGUGUUUCCCUUGGAACUACAAAAUACUGCAGCCAGUUUCUUAGAGGAACAAAGUGUACCAAGCACGAAUGCAUGUACUUGCACGAAUUGGGUGAUUCUGCCGCUAGUUUUACUAAAGAAGAAAUGCAGGCUGGAAAACAUACUGAAUAUAUGAACAAAUUGUUACAGGAGUUUUGCCAGUCUAAUUCAUGUGUACUUGAUUCGCAAAAGGAAGAAACAACUGUUUUAGGUCCACUCGAUUCCUCAGUAUCAGGUCCAAAUGAUGUUGCUGUAUCUCAUACCAAUGAGUCAAGCAGCCAUUCAAAUGGUCGCAGCCGAGGGAGAUAUGAAGAUACGCCUGUGCUGUCAGUCGAAAACUCAAAUUUCCAGGUUUUGGAUCAAUGUUCAUCACCGUCAGACCAGACCACAGCUGAUUCUGGAAGGAAUGCCUCAACUAGGGAGGUUCGUAAAUUAAGACAUAUUGAUAAAAGUCAUCUGAGUGUCUCGGUUUCUGAUGCCCCACUAACUGAUAGGUCCAAACUAAACUAUAGUACUUCCAGCAAGUCAAAUAGCUGGAAUCAUUCAUCUUCAUCAGAUUAUUCAGCUAGAAAACUUGGAAAGAAUUCAUUUGGAACUUUUCAUUUUAAAAAUACACCUGAAGUAGUAAAUACAAGCAAGUCGUACGUUGUGGGCGUCAAAAGUACUAACAUGCGACAUAACCAUUCUUCACAAAAUCAGAUUUCAUUGCCUCGAUCUGCUCCAUCUGACCAAGUAUCCACUCAUACAGAGUCUCUUUGCACGGAUAGUAAUAACUGCCAUCGUACCUGGUGUCGACCUACUUCGGUGAAUCCAUCUAGUGUUAAACCACUCUUAGGAGAUGAACCAGCAGAUAUUGAUUUUGAUCCAUUUAGAGAAUCGCAGCAAGGUUUAGCUGAACUGCUAGCUGCUGAAGUGGCACGUCUUGAUGUAUCUGAUGCUCUGUCUAGUCAUCGUAUGUGUUACACUAAUGGGAAUUCAAUUGAAACUUCUCAUUGUUCAAAUGAAGAUCCGGUUAAACCACAGUCCUCAAACGUGGACGUCAGACUUUCUCAGACUACAAUGGGCCUCGAUUCUGUACAAUCCACAAAACUACAUUCGUGGUAUCCCAACUUCAUGUAUGACAGGAGCAACCAUAAUGAUGCAAAUAAAACGACUAACAAUAAUGGCUUCCCAUGCAACACCGGUUUAACAGAUGUAGAUUCUCAUUCUACUUCAAAUGAUCCAGCGUCACCAGUCACAUGGCAACUGGAUGAUCCCGCUAUUGUAUCCAGUCGGUUAUCAUCAACAGCAAAUAGCGCCAUGAAAAAUAAUCAACCUUCUCCUGCAUGGAAAUCAUCACCUUCAAACCUUCUUGAACAUAUAUGGCGAGCAACUCCGAAUUUCCAAUCGUUUUUUGAUCCAUCUUUAACUUCAUUCAUUUCACAGUCGUCGAGUUUCAAGAACCAAAAUCAGUCGCAAUCUAGAGAUACUGUUCUGCAUUCAUCGUCUCAUAAUCAAAUUACAGAAUAAAACAGUCCCAAUUCUGUUUUUUCUUCUCAAUCGAUUCAGUUGAGAGACAGGUGUAGAUUUUUACAUUUGCAUCUUUUCCAAACUGUGCAAUCACUUCGGUGUAACCAUCUCAGAUAUAUUUCUUGGGAAAAAAUAAGCGACACUAGAUUGAUGUUCAUUCUCAACAAUCACUUUUUAUCACCCUAGCCUAUUUAAAAAAACAAUAUAUAUAUAUAU